GAACUUUCCCCACAGAAUGUUCAUUAUACUGAAUCUCGAAGGAUAAACUGUUGACUUUUCCCACAAAGAAGAAAAGCAUAUAAAGAGUCUCCAUGGGUGACUUACCUUCCGUGUGUUGUACAUGUGCAGUGUUGUUGAUCGCCUUCAUUUUUUGUCUACCGCGUCAUGUUCACACGCAGAAGAAUGUGAGUUGUUUCUCGUUUAUUCAUACCGAUACCAAGAGUCCCAUGACGUUAGAGGAUACUUGUUUUGAAAUCAGCAAUAACACAACAAACACUAUGUAUACAGGUAUAUUUCUAGACGUGAUAAAGUCUUCAUGCAAAUAUUACGAUAUGCAAUUAGAAGAUGUCAAAAAGUAUAUUGUUGGGGACUCCCACCAGCGGCCAUUGUGUAGAACAACGAUGACGAUGUCUAUCGAUACAACACAAUGCACAGAAACCAUUGCAAUAAUACAGCAUUUCUGUAAACAACCAAAAUCAAUUUAUUUUCAAGAUUGUUUUCCUGUCAACUGCCCAAGUACCAAUAAGAAGAAAAUAAAUGAGACUGAAGCGAUCAGUAUGUCCGGAUUUCCCAAACCAAAGAUGGGCAAUAUUGGACAAGGUGUUUACGAAAUUCCAACAUCUCACUGCAACAUGAAACAAUGUAAACUAGACAACUGCUCUACGGAAGAAAUGAAGAAAAGGAAUACGAAAAAUGGUAUGACUAUUUGACAUCAGCGUACAUUUCUUCUGAAGUGGUCUGUAAAGGUCGGAAAUACAUGUUGUAAUUUAAAGAACACUUGAGUGUGUUUUAAGUUUUGCUCUAGGAAACUUAGCCAUGAAAAUAGGAUUGCACUUCAAUUUUCUAUAUAACUACUUACGAAACAUAUAAAAUGGCAUUGUAGCUAGCAAAUUAACCAAUACAACCUAUCAUUGUGUCAAAUGCUGUCUGAUAUGCUUCAUACCGAUUGUUAGACCGUUUUUGACACACUGAUUUUAACUACGGAUAACUCCGUUUACCUUAUCAAGAUAUGAGGCUCAAAGCGGAUGUGACCGGUCGACAGGGGAUGCUUACUCCUCCUAGGUACCUGAUCCCACCUCUGGUAUAUCCAGGGGUCCGUGUUUGCCUAACUCUCUAUUUUGUAUUGCUUAUAGGAGUUAUGACAUUGAUUACAGUUCAUUAUCACAAAAUAUAUGAUAUGGUAUUCUAAUUUUUAAAAAAUGAAAUAUCAUCAUUUUGAUAUAAAACUUCCCAGCAUAUAUAAAACGUAUGGCUAUGAAAUAAACUCAAAUAGUGAAUAAUAUCCAGCAGGUAAUAAUUCUAUUAAGCAUGAGAAUAUUGUAGAAUAUUGAUAUCCCGAAGGAAAGAUGCUCUGAACACUUUAUCUGUUUUUAAAAGAAAAUGCAUGCUAAGAUACCUGAAGUUAUCUUGCAAGUAGAUUCGAUUACUUUUUCAACUAGAAAAUCAGUGUGGUUGUUUUUACCAGAAUAUCUUAAGCGUCGCUUUGAGAUUUAAAAAAAAAGGCUUACACAAAGAUUGGGAUGAUCCAGACCGUAAUAUCCGUUCGCUCAUACGCGAAAUUUUACAAUCUAAUAUACCGAACCCAGUUCGAAAAUCAAAGUCCACAACUGCGGCAGCUAAACUGUACUACGACUCUCUGUCGUCUCCUCCGACACGUGUGGUUAUUGUAUCAACAUAUAUUUUUUUUUUAUAUAAAAGAAGAGUACGGAGCACACGCACACUGUAUUUGCUGUGGAUGAACAGAAGUGUAAGUUCGCAUGCAUAAAUUCAUUUUUGAUCGUGAUAUUUUUCUUUUGUUUCUUCAUUUUUGGUUGAAGAAGUACAUUUAUAGUUACAAAUCUAUUAGUUACAUUGUUUGAGAAAAGAAUUCACUGUUUUUAGUUUCCUUAUGGUUUCAUGCAAAUUUGAAGAUGGGUGACUUUUAGCCAACUUUUCUCGUUUUAAGUAGCCAGUUACUAGUCGCUGGUUACUAGUAGCCAACUUUCCCGAUCUAUAAAACUUGUACCCCACCCCCUUCCGUAGAAAUCUGCCUCCGAGACAAAGCAGGAUCUCCAGGCUGAUACACAGCCUUUAAUGACAGAAAUGGUUGAUAUGAAAGAUACUAACACCUGGUGAGGCAUCUCUGUACUUUAUG